UCGCCCCUUUUCCCUAGCAGAACAGGGUUUUCUCUCCGAGCGCGCCGCAUUUCUUGGACUUUGAGUCAAAUAGUCAAUUAAUCGAAAUUCUUUUCGCGUUUUUACUUCGGUUUAUUUACCUUUUUGCUCCUUGAUCUGUUUCUGUUUCUGCUUUUUAAAGUCAGAUCCGGUCUACUAGUAGGCCCAUUCAUUCAUUCAUUCAAAAUUUCAGUCUUUGUAAAUAUAUAUAUAUAAAAAACCUCAGUCUUCUCAAGGAUAGCUGAUUUUUGUAAAGAAAUCGUCUGGACGUUUUUUCUUCUUACUGAAAGGAUUUUUCAGGCAUCCUAAGACAUCUUCAAAAGCUUUAAAAUGCCCGAGAUGAGAGAUUUCAACAAUGCUCCAGAAGAUGACAGCAGCAGCUCAAACAGCAGUGAAUACCCAUGCCCAAAGAAGGUGCCACUGGAUGGCCAAUACCCCGAUUUUGACGCAGAGUGCCAAAACUUCCUCCCUGAACACACGGGCAAGAAGAAGUAUGCUACUGAAUCUCAGGGUAGUGCCUCCUUUGGCAUGUCCGUCUUCAACCUGGGCAACGCCAUCAUGGGCAGUGGCAUCCUGGGUCUGUCCUUUGCCAUGGCCAACACUGGCAUCGCCCUGUUUGUGAUUCUCCUCGCGUCUGUCGCCAUCUUCUCCUUGUAUUCUGUGCACUUGUUGCUGAAGACGGCCAAUGAAGGGGGCGCACUGGUGUACGAGCAGUUGGGUUACAAAGCCUUCGGGACACCGGGGAAACUCGCAGCCUCCCUCUCCAUCACCAUGCAAAACAUUGGAGCCAUGUCAAGCUACCUCUACAUUGUGAAAUACGAGCUGCCCACCGUUAUAAAAGCUUUCACAGGAGCCAACGACGAUCAGUGGUACGUCAACGGUGACUACCUGGUGUUGCUGGUUAGUGUUGGCAUUAUCCUGCCCCUGUCGCUGCUAAAGAACUUAGGUUACCUUGGUUACACAAGUGGUCUGUCACUGCUGUGCAUGGUCUUUUUCCUGAUCGUGGUGAUCAUCAAAAAGUUCGAGAUCCCAUGUCCUCUCCCUGAGAUUCACGACCACAACUUGACUCAUUCGUUGAACAUCUCACACAGCUCACACAGCGACAAUACUUCUGACGAGGACACCUGCAAGCCAAAAUACUUUGUCGUCAACUCACAGACUGUUUAUGCUGUCCCUAUUAUUACCUUCGCCUUUGUGUGCCACCCCGCCAUCCUGCCCAUGUACGACGAGCUCAAAGACCGUUCCCGCAGGAAGAUGCAGAAUGUCGCCAAUGUUUCUUUCCUGGCUAUGUUCAUCAUGUACCUGCUGGCUGCCCUUUUCGGAUACCUGACUUUUAACCAGCACGUGGGAGAUGAGCUGCUGCAUACCUACACCAGGGUCUACAAGUUUGAUGUGCUCCUGUUGAUUGUCCGUCUGGCUGUGCUGACCGCUGUCACCCUUACUGUCCCUGUUGUCCUCUUCCCUAUUCGUACCACUGUCAACCACCUCCUGUGCCCUUCUAAGGGAUUCAGCUGGGUUCGCCACACUGCCAUCACUGUGUUCUUGCUGGCUGGCACAAAUGCCAUGGUUAUUUUCGUUCCCACCAUCAGGGACAUCUUUGGCUUUAUAGGCGCUUCUGCUGCUGCCAUGCUCAUCUUCAUCCUGCCUUCAGCUUUCUACAUCAGACUGGUCAAGAAAGAGUCCAUGAAGUCAAGGCAAAAGAUCGGGGCAUUAGUCUUCCUCAUUCUCGGUAUUGUGGUCAUGUUUGGCAGCAUGACCCUCAUCAUCCUGGACUGGAUCAAGAACGCCACAAGCGACAGUGGACACUAAACCUCCAGCUUUCCUGCUGUGUGCUGCUGGCUCUUCAACAUCGUUGUAACCAACAUCAAACCUAUUGUAAACAAAGAAAUACACAAGAACUCACUUCAUGCUCAGCAUUGACUCGCUGAGCGACAGACCAUGCCAUUCCAAGAGAAUGUAUCUGAACUUUGUACAGUAUGCUGUGAUAGACCACAACGUCGGCGUUUUACUUUUUUUUUUUUUGUUUGUUUGUUCCUCUUUUUAUUCCAACUUUUUUCAUUGUCAUUUUGGCUCAUUUUUAUUCUUCAUGUUUUGAUCGUUUGAGGUAUGGGGCUUUGUUUUGCUUUUAUUUUUGAAUAGUUACUAAAGGUACAGCUGAAAACUAAAUUCUUUUAACGUGCCUCACGCCAGAGAAGAAAUAGUUAUAGAGUUCAAAAUAGAGCUUACGCUCAGGUACGCUGCAACUGUGUCCUCUGAGCUCGGCAACAAUAGAUCCUGCUGACAAAACAAAAGAAAAACCUUGUGAAUUUUCCAAAUCCUGACAAGUGGGAACAGACUUAAAAGUUUAACCUUCUUAGUUAUGUUCCUUACAACAGUUUUUUUUUUUUUUAACUUUACCAAAACUGUGUUUGUAAAGCAUAAUUAUAUAGUGAAAAGCACUUAAAAUCAGCACACUUGUCAGUUUUCACAGGCAAGGCCUAACACAGCCUAUUUCAGUAUUUGUCUCUGCAACCUCGCUAACAGUGUCAGCUUUCCUUGUAAAACUGUCCGUCACUCAACAGAACCUGCCCUUUCAGACCCAGCACUGGGCGCUACAGAGGUUCUUGCGUGAGGUCUCUCCUGAAACUGUAUUUAGUCUUUAUAACCUGCUGAAGGUCUGCGCAGCGACGACACUACUGCUUUGAGAAGGCCUGCGAGCCUCCCGGUUCCACUUCCCCCACUCAGGGGUUGUGGGAAACUUGAAAUUUUUUCUUUAUGGGAGAAUACUUUGAAUUUUGACCACAUGCCGUGGUUAUAAUAUACCUGUUAAACUUGCAAAAAGAAAAACCUAAGAAACAACUAAAAACAGGUUGCGCUCUUGAACACCUUCAACCAAACAAUAACGAACAAGAGAGUUCGGCGCGGAUUCCUUCCCACCGAGCGGAGAGCCUGUCGUAGAUGGCACACUGCUUCCAACAUUCACAGGUCACUGAAAUGUUGUCAUCUAUUUAUGGAAGACCGUGAAAUCAAUGUAAUUUAAAAUAUUUUACUAUAUUUAUAUUAUAUUGUACGUGUACAUGUAUAUGUGUAUAUAUAUAUAUAUAUAUCUAUUGAGUUCACCUGUAAAUAUGCUUUUUUUUUUUGUACAAUGUUGUAUUGGAGCUGUAAAACAAAACAAAUCCCAAGGUGGUUAAUACCGAAUUUGUUUCAGUGCAUCGGAGCUUCAGCGGUUCAUCUCCGUUAAGACUGACUGAAAUGUGUGAAAGCCCUGUUGUUGAGUGGUAUCAGUCUUCUUUUCCUUUUUGGCCCCUGAACACAAACACAGCAAAAUGUUGUUUCUGCACAUCUCCGCUUGAGAGUACAUCAACCAUCUCUUGACCUCAGGAGCAAAGAGGGCUUUGCCCACCAGUGUUACACUGUUGUUUCAAUGAAACACUAUGUAUAUCCUGUAAUUAUUGUCCAAAUAAAUCAAAGACAAAUGGUAACUUGA